ACUUUAUUGUAAGGAAUACGAAUGUGUCGAGAUCGAUUAUAGCGAAUCUUCUUUUUCUUCUUCUUGUAUUUAUGUGGCCCGGAUUCCGAAAAGAUCGGAUAAACUUGGCCAGUCGCUUCCAAGAUCCCUUCAACCUUCCACAGGGCUCCUCAGAGAAGGAAGGGAGAAAACUGAAACAAGCGAAAUGGAGCUCCCUCCGAAUCUGAAAAAAUAACUACCUUUGCGGAUCCAGCAUUCAGGGCGAGAAUAAGAGUCUGCAAAAUUGCCCACGCCUCCGCUGUGAACACUGAAGUGCUGAAUGGUAGAACCAGAGGCACGAAGAGUUUUCCGUCAGAUUGUACUUGCCGUUCAUUAUCUGCAUCAACAAAGAGUAGUUCAUCGAGAUUUUAAGGCUGAAAAUUUGUUACUUGAUGCAGACAAUAAUAUAAAAAUUGCUGAUUUUGGCUUUAGUAAUGAAUAUACACCUGGUGUUCCACUUAGUACAUGGUGUGGUUCACCACCAUAUGCUGCACCUGAAAUUUUUGAAGGAAAACAUUAUGAUGGUCCAAGAGCUGAUGUCUGGCUUAAAAUUGGUGAGGGUCGGUUCCUUUGUUAGUAGCACCAGAGAGGCCCGAAUUGCUCGUAGAACGGCUCAAAUUGCUCAAAAUGAAUUCCAUGAGGAAGCUGAAGGAUUAUUGUAUGUCCCUGGAAUAACAGAUUAGCCUCCGAGCACUGAUCUUCACGUUGAGUCGCGGG